CCCUGAGUAGGUGAGUCAGAGGAACUGAUGUCAUUGUGUCACGGGGUAUGCAGACUGAAUGGAGAGGAAAAGAGGUGGUCUCUGGGAAGAAGAGGAGGAGGAGGGAGCAUGGUGAUACAGCAAGACAAUACCAGCCAGACCUUAACCAUAACAAACCAGAUGGACCUGCAAGACGAGACAGCGCAGCUUCCCGCACGCUGGUGACAGCGAAUGGAAUGUGCGCAGCAUCAGCACCACCAUCUCCUCUCCAGGCCGGAAGAGGCCCCCGCUUCCAUGUGCAGUAAGGCACCCCGCAGGAAUUAACCCCCUCCUGGCUGCUCCGCAGCAGCUUCCUCGGAUAUGUCCCGCUGUCAGUUGCAUGCUCGGAAGUUGGUGUGACCCGUCCUGUCGGCUCUCGGACAGCGCUCUCCACAACUUGUCACCACAGUGGCCUCCCCCUUGUUUGUCCGAAGGCAGGCUGCCGUCCUCCCGGGGCGCUGCGUGUAGAGGGAACCACGCCACCUCGCCCCGCCCACUGCACCUGGCCAUGGACUCGGUGUUCGGUGAUGACGUCAGCAUCAUUGCGCAGGAGACCCUGGUGCAAGAGGAAGAAGAAGAGGAGGAAGAAGAGGAAGACUGGGUGGACAGCCCCAACACUGACCAGUCAGGGGAUAUGUGCUCGGCUUCCCAUUUUGCCUUGAUAACUGCGUACGGCGACAUCAAAGAGCGUCUAAGUUCCCUGGAGAGAGAGAACGCAACGUUGCGGCGCAGACUCAAGGUGUAUGAGAUCAAGUAUCCUAUAAUAUCUGAAUUUGGGGAUGAGAACUUUUCACCAUAUGACGAUGCCAAGGAGGAUUCUCUGCUUAGAACGGAGGCCUCACAACAUGAGCUUCAGAACAACCAAGAAAAGGAAGAACAGCUGGGAGAAAUUGUGCGAGCAUGUGAGAAAAUGUGUGCAGAAAGGAGUGAGCUGCAUGAAGAGCUUAGUGAAAUGAAGGGCCUGGUUCUGACCCAUGUAGCCCACAUCCAGUCUUUGGAGCAGCAGUUACAGAUGUGCACUGAGCCACACCCAUUCCCUGGAUCUGCCCUCACCAACCCAAACAUGCAAUACCUGUCGCUACACCAUGGGCCAGACAUGUCACAUGUUCUAGAACAUUCUAUGAACUGGCAGGCUCCGCGCAGUCUUGACUUGCACCGUGACAUGGCAGCACAGAGACGGGAUGCAGAACUGGAAGAGGCGAGGAGAGAUCUGCAGAAUGCUCAGCGCAGAGAAAAACAACUGAAGGAGGAUAUCCUGCGUUUGGAAGAAGAGCUGAAACAACUGCAAGAGGCCCGGGAGCAGGAACUGGCUAAUGGACAAACCCAGAGGGAAAUGGCAUGGCUGAAGGAGGUGGGAGAUGACCAGGUGAAUCUGGCCCUUGCGUACACUGAACUGACUGAGGAACUUUACCGUCUGAGAGAUCUUACUGCUUUACAAGGCCGGAUUCUGAGAUCACUGCUGGAGGAGCAAGCAGGACAGAGGCAUUCUCCUCCACAUCGCCACUCUCCCUGCCAGCUCCGUCACUCUCCUUCGUCUCUCCGCCAUUCACCAUCCUCACAGCGCCGCUCCCCUGUUCCACAAUGCCCAUCUCCCAUCUUACAGAGAAGAUCCCCUGUCCCACAAUCUCCAGCACAUCAACGGCGUUCCCCGGUGCCACCUUCCUCACCCUCACGUAGAUCACCUGUACCUUCACCAUGUCCGUCCCCUCUGGGCACUGAUGUACCUUAUCCAAAACCUCCAGCUCAUCAAGCUAAAGCAUUUUUCCAAGCACGCCGUAGCUAUUCUGAAAUUAGUGAGCCUGCUCUGUAUCCACGAACACCACGUUCCCUAUGGAUGCCUGCAGGGACAGCUACUUUACCGAAACAGCGAUCUUACAAUGAGGGAUAUGCAGGAAGCCCACCCACUAUACCCUGCUUUCAUGAGCCCCCACAGCAAUCCUCUGAUGAGGACGAGUGGAGUCCUCCAUCCCCACCCAGUCCAGAGCCUGGAGCAGUACGUUGUGCUUCCUUUUGUGCUGGGUUCCCCAUACCUGAUGCAGCAAGCAGAAGAAUGUCAGCAUCCUACUCCCGUGCGGAACAUGCACAGUCUUGGCCCUCCAUCAAUUUACUGAUGGAGACAGUGGACUCGGAGGUAAGGAGUUGCCCUCUCUGCCAACUGGCCUUUCCUGUCGGAUACCCAGACGACGUCCUAAUAAAACAUAUUGACUCCCAUCUAGAGAACAGCAAGAUCUAACAGCAUUCCAACACUCAGUCUAGUGUCCAUGACACAGGGGCUCCAAGCAAUGAGAUCCCAAGUAGUGAAAAACAAAUGGAAAAGUCGCCUAUAAUAACCAACCCUUUGACUUAUACAUUACUAAUGAUUAUGUAUAUUAUAUUGUAUAGUGAUUCUGAGUAUCUGUAUACUGACCCAUGAAGUGCAGUAUAAUGCUAAUAUGCUAAGAAUGUGAAGACAUUGCAUUGUAAAGUCAGGCUCGCUCAUGGUGAGCAGGAUAUGGAGUUAAAUCACUUCAGUUAACACGCUGCACAGUAUAAUGAUGCUGAGUAUCUAAACACCUUUAAUGUACACAAUAAUGAAGGGUGGGUAUACAUAUGCACACUGAAAUGAACACAUUGCACUUUAUGAUGAAUGGUUUUGAGCAUAUUUAUGCAUCUUUACCAUUGCAGCUGCUGUGGAAUUGUAAGUCUAACAUGCUGUAUAAACCUGUGGGUACUAGAUAUGCUCAGAUAUUGAC